AUGGAAACGAAGGAUGUGGGAAAGAAUGCCAGACGAGUGGACUGUGGGGAUACGGUGGCAAAGUGUUUAAUACUCCUGCUCUUCGAUAGGGAAACGCGAGUUCGACUUACGUACAAAGGAAAUUUGAUGGGACGGAGGUCAGCCGUGGUUCCAGACUACUUUGAUUUCCCACAAUUCAAAAAAGAAAAUUAUGGCAUUCCCCGUCUGGAGGAACUUGUUCAUCUGGAUCAGCUGCGCCACGCCUUUGACGAGAACGACUGGGCCUACCUCAAGAUCGGGCAGGUCGUGCUGAAGAGAGUCAAGCCUUGUGAGAGCUACAUUCAGACGACCAUCAAUGUCAAUACAGGUUUGCGUCAUCCCAAGAAGAAGCCUAUCACUACUUUGAAACCAUAA